AUUCAUCUUAUUUUCGAUGAUUAAGAAUUUAAACAAGUGUCAAAUAUUAAGGAAGGUAUGAUAAGAUAUCAAUGUUAUCCAGUAUAGAACUUUAUUAACAUCAUAAUACAUGUACAUGAUUUAUGGAAUCUGUCCGAGGUUCUCAAGAUUCCAACAGUCAGACACCAGUUGUUGUGAUUUAAAUGAACAGAUGUUCUACUCUUUUAUUUAUAUAUUGUAAGUCUGUAAGUUCACCCCCUCAAUUCUCAAACCGACCCCUUCCACCAUACUUCACAAUAUCACAUCACUCACUUCUUUGAUAUAAACUAGAUUUGACAAGCCAUAUUGAUGAAGGCAGCUCUGGUUUUAUCAGUCAGGGAGAAAAAAAUUGUUAAAUAAAGAACACCUUGCAGAUCUUCCUAUUCCAAACAUUUCUGAUUUCACCCCUGCUCCUUUCCUCUUUAGUUUUUGAUGUUUUACGUAAAUCCCAGGAUCCUACUGAUAUUGCAGCCCUUUUACAUGUAGUUUGUUAACAAGUUCUAUUCAAAGAUCACAGAUUGCCUGGCAAUCUGACAAUUAAAAGCUUCUAACAAGGAGAGGGGAAUCAUUAUUUUACUCUUCGUCUUCUCUUUUAAUUUUCCUCUGCUACACUGAGCAGUAAUGGAUGCUAGAUCUAAUCGGGCACUGUGUACAUUGGAUUGGAAUCUCCUAUGGAUAGAGUUGCUUCCUGGAAUAGAAGAAUUUCUCUGUCAAGACUUGGCUGGCGAAAAACUGUCUGAGGAAACAGAAAAUAAGCGAUUAUAUUAUCUGGAGCGACUGGAUAUACUGAAAUUACCACCUAGUGUCCCACCUCGAUUGAAAGUACCCGACUUUGGAGCUCCAUUUUCCCCCUCCCCCUCUAGAGCAUCGAGUGAACUGAAGUCACCCACUCUCAGUCAUGACAACUUUCUGUUUGAUUCUGGGGAGAAUGACUUUGCUGCACAUCAGAGGGAAAUCUCGCGCUCGUUCAUCUCUCCAGAAGACCUAGAGGCCAUAGAUGGCAAGGAGGUGAAAGUUUACGACGAUAUUGAUCUCGGUCAUGGAGAUGGAGAGGCAAAAAAGGAUCAGAAUGAAUCCAAAAAUAGCGAUGACACAGAUCUGUAUGAGAUUCCAGUGAUAACGAAUGCAUCCCCCAACCACAGCCAGUCAGCGGAAUCUGGGGAUUAUGCAGAGACCAAGACCCCAAGUAAAGAUGAUUAUGCUACCACCACUGGCAUCCAAGAGGACCUGCCCUUGUCUCCUGAGGUGGUACCCCCACCUCUACCCCCUAGGAGAGAGAAGUCGGAGCCCCCAUUACAGAGGGAGCAGUCUGUCACAGAAAACACUUUCCCCACCCGACCUGACCCCCCAGAACGUCAGGCCUCUAUUAAAACAGAUAGACCCCCAGAUCUGCCCGCCCGGCCCAAUUUGCCCACAAGAUCAGAGAUUUAUAACAUGGCUGAAAAGAAAGAUGAGAGAUCAGAAGGAAGUGUUGAUCUUACAGAUGAUGCUGAUUUGACAUCAUAUGAGUCCUGCAAUGAAGACGAUCAAGAAAUCGAGACCAAACUGAACAUCAAACUUCCAAAACCCAUGAAAAAGAAAAAGCCUUCAAGGCCCCGAAUCAGCCGCUCGUCCAAAGAGUGGGAUGUGACCAUUCCUUACAAAUCCUUGGAGGAUGUGACCCUCUCAGGGGAGGUAAUGUACAAGGGGAAGUUAUCCUGGACCAGGAAGCUGGCUGCCCUGACAGAUGGACGAAUGGUGUGUUACAAACCAGAGAAGGUAGACUCCAAACCGGCUCUGGUGAUCCAGCUGACCGGAUACGAGGCAACCUAUCUGGAGAAGGAGAACCGGAGGGGAUUUGACGUCCGUCUGAUUCACCCCAGUCUGGAAACUCACAUGUUCUCUGUAGACCUCAAGGAUUGGGCACAGUUGUGGGUGGAGUACAUGAAUGCAAUGAGUAAAGGGAAACCCCCUCCUCCUGGUCAGCGUCACCACUUAGUCAGGGGCUCUACGUUCAAUGGUACAGAAAAUGGGAAAGUCUACGGCAGCAGGCCUGAUCUUCGGAAAUCCAUCUCCAAUGUAUCCACAGAGAGCAGCAAUUCCGACACUGAGUACUCCUCAAUGAAAAGGAAAAGUCGAAGUCUGUUUCAAUUAUUCAUGACUGCAGAAGAAGAGGACCGACACAGAGUGAGUAGAAUGGGCUCCAUAGCUUCCAGGGCAAGUUCCUUUUUUGAAUCCAUUGGCAAAAACAAGGGCAAAAAAAUGGCUGCUUCAUUGCCAACCAGCAAUAGCCUUGGGAACUUGGUGGAAACUGGGAGUGAAAACAAUAGCCAAAUUGACCUCAUUCCCUUGGAAACAAAUAUGAACUAUACAUCUAGUUUCAAUAAGAAUUCCUGUCACUCCAUUGAAGACUUGGUCUGCGAUAGGAAAACACUUCAUCAAGGUUAUCUAAACAUCUACAGCAGUUUCAAUAAGAGAAAGUGGGGUAAGCGCUGGUGUGCUGUGAGGGACAACAUCUUUGAGUGCUAUAGGAAUAAGUCGAGUACAGUGUGUGAGCUGGAAUUCCCACUCCACCCAUGUGUUCUACUCCAAGCUGUGGAAGAGACCAAGAGUGUUCUUGGACUGAUGAUCUCAGAAAAUGGCCAGGAAAAAAUUACUGUGGAGCCUCUAAACAGAGAGGACAUGGCUUGCUGGUUGCGUGUGUUCAUGAACCAGACCUCCACGGAACGACUUCCUGAGGGGCUGAACAAAUUCUGGGUGGAUGAUGAAUCUCCUUACCACGAUAUUCAGUCAGAAAACAUGAACAGUCCACUGUCUGAUGUCUUCCCUUGUGAAAUGGCUGAGGAGACAAUUUUAGCUGAAGCAGCCUGCGAUCCCAAUGACUCUGUGAUGGAGAUAUCCAUAAUGUCGCAACAAUCUAUGGGAGCAGACGUCACUGCAAAUGAUAGUGCUAUGUCAAAUCCCCGAGUGCCAGGGGAAAUAAAUGGGGAACUCUACACACAAGUGCAAAGGACUUCAAAUGGAUUUUUAGAGACCAGAACUUCUAAUAGUUUAGAUGAAGAAUUCUUUAGUUCUACAAUAGUAAAGACGCAUUCCAUGGGGAAAUCUUCUGCCACUCUAUCUAGAAUUACCACAUCCACACAUAAAGGUUCAGUUAUGACCAAGACAUUUACCCACUCCUUCAGCACAGGGUUUCUAGGUGGGGCCAAUGAUAGCAGUUUGUUCAAUGAGAUUUUGUCCAAGCUCAACGAAAGUCGAAAACACAGUGACUCAGAGGAAGAUGUGAGUGACACACCAACAGACACUGCCUACAAUAGUGCAACAGGAUCAGAAAAUAGUUCACUGGAACGGAAAAAUAAGUUUGACACCGAUUCCUCAAGUCAUAGUUCCACACUGAAAGACUUUGGUUCCUCUAGUGAUAAUCUGAACAUCCUAAAGGAUCCUAACAGCAUGGAUUAUGAAAUCUCACUCCAACUCAUGAAUUCCAAUCAAAAAGACCAAAACAUGAACAUACAAAAUACUCUGAAUGGCUUGAACAAAGUAUCCAGUCCGUCUAAUGUGAUCAUUUCCAAUGUCAAUAACUGCCUGACGACAGUUGGGCAGGGUCACAGCAAAGCUAACAGGGACCAAUGUGACUCGGCCAUAUUUGAAUCGGACUCCAUAAUGGAUGAUCUGUCUUGUGCUAGCCCAGAUGCCCUGAAACGCAAAAUUGAACAACUCCGUACACAUUUAGUGGAACUCAAACAGAAAAGAAUAUGCCUUCGUGAUCGUAAACUGUGUUGUGAAACAAACAUGCAUAAACAACUGGAGCAAGAAUAUGCACAAUUGGAUGAAGAAUGUCGCACUGUUUCUGAGGAAAUUCAGGCACUUGAGGGGAAAUUAGAGCCAUGAAAGAAACCUUACAUUUUAAUUAUACAUGUAUUCACAACAUUCCCAAUUUUCCCCCGAAAAGAAAUACAACCUUUUGGGUGAAAUUUAGCACAAUUAAUGUAUUCAAUUAAUUACUAUUGAUGUAACUUUUCAAGGAUUAUUUUUAAACAGAAAGGACUUUGUUUCUUCAAUUUUAUCUAUCUUUAUUGUUAUCAUUCUUAUGCAUAUCAAGAUAUAAACCAAUCAGACCUAUUUGUCAGGCUAUAUGGAGACUCAUAUGCUGAAAUGAUAUAUAAUGAUAUAAUUGAUAAGAUUUACCUUAUUUAAACAAUUGCUGUGAUAUUUUAUGAAACGUUACAAAUCACUGAUAUUUUCCGUGAUUUUUGGUCACUGAAUAUUGUGCUGUUAUUUAUUUUGAUAUUGAAUAUCAUGUGAUGGAUAUUACAAGGCCAAAACUAUAUUUUUUAUUGAAAUAUAUUAUCUAAUCAAUGUUAUUUUUCUAAUUGUGCAUAUUCAGAUAACAUUUCUGUUCAAUUGAAAGAUAUAUGAGCAAAAAAUGCAAUUUCUGUGUUAACAGCAAUAAUUAUAGUGUAAAUUUCAUCGGUUGUGAAUUGUUGAGAGGAAAAAAUAAAUGCAUUUAGCCAAAU